AUGGAUAAUAGCGGGUAUAGCCAGAAGGUUAACGAUGUUAUCCAAGGGGAUGACUUUGAGCUUUUGGAGUCUGACCCUACCAAAAAGUUUCCUUCGGAUAUUAAAGUAUGUAUACAACAGUCAUCAUAUAUUUUUCCCGACCACAACGUGUCUCGCAGCAGUCUUGUUCCAAUGAAUCCUCAAGCACCCAUUUUAUAUGGGUUACCUAAAAUACAUAAAGAACAUGUUCCUAUUCGUCCGGUUGUAUCAUACAUAGGUGCACCAGCUUAUUUCCUUGCUCAAAAGUUAAACUUCCUUCUGCUAGAGAAAUCUGAAUUCAAACCAAAUUACCGCCUUAAAAAUAGUUUAGAUCUCAUUACCAAGAUUAAAGAUAUCCGUAUUCCACCUAAAUCCAUGUUGUUAUCUUUAGACGUUGAUAGUCUUUUCAACAAAUACGACAUAAUUAUUUGCUGGACUGGCACAAAGAGGCAACUGGAUGUUUUCCUUAAUAAAAUUAAUGAAAUAUACGGCAAAUUUAUAUUUAAGCUUGAAUUAGAACAAGAUUGUGUCCUUAAUUUCCUCGACUUAACAAUAACAAGGAAAGAGUCGUUACAUGAAUUUCAAAUUUAUCGAAAGCCAACUCAUACCGACACGGUCAUCAUGUCAUCCGUGGCAACAUAA